CAAACAUGGACCCCAAUAAUCUCAUGUUCAAUUCUGGAAUUUCAGGUGGAAGUCCAGUAAAGGAAGAAGAAAAGAAACCUACGCCUGACUUGUUUUCAAAUUUACCUAAAAAUGAUGAGACUUCUUUGAAUAAAGCUAGAGUUCACAUGGUUCCUGGUAUCAACAAUACUGCUGAUUUGCUCGUGUAGGCUAAGAAUUGUUAAUUUCGAUAGGAAUGGAAAAGAUCAGAAGUUUGACAAAGAUGCUUUUCAGAGAAAACUUGGUGUUGAAACUCCCAACAAUGAAGAGUCUAAAGGCUAUCUCACUGGCAUCCCUCAGGAUGCGAAAAGCAUGACGAGCAAUGAGUCCCAUCCCUAUAUGCAAUUUCAAAAAGCAGCUGGAGAGAAUAAUGAGUAUUUGCCUCAGAUUCCAAAUUGGGAAGGAGUUAAAACAUUUAUCCUGCCAAAAGAAUACGCUUUAAGAGAGUUUGAUGCAAUCCAAGACCACAUUGAGAAAGAGUUUAAUGAAAGAAAUAUGAGGAAUAUCCUUUGUGAGAACCAAUAUGAAUAUGCUAAGGUUCACAAAUGAAGAAGGUUCAACGAAUGACUCUGCAGAGUCUUUGCACGAGAUUUACUCCAACUCGCUUACUAUAAGAGAGUUGAAAAUGUCCACAAAUAUCUUGAAAGGUUCUUUCUUAAGCCCCAAGUGUAUUUACCAUUUCCAGAGCUAUUACUAUGGCUUCAGCUCGAAAUUGGGAGAAGGAAUUUCAAGCAGGCAGAAGCUAUUAUGAAGAAAUAUAUAGCUUAUACAACAAAUUUGAUCAAUGACGAAACUAAAAAUGUUGUUUCAUUGGAAUUAAAGAAAAGCAGUGGACCUAAAGAUCCUUGGAAAGCAAAGCCUGAACUGUUAGACCUUUAUGAGUCCCAAUAUUAUAAGCUGAUUGAUGUGUAUUUGUUUGAUAUUCUACUUCCUGACCGUGGAUAUGACAAAACUAAAGAGAUUUUAUUGAAAGAAAUCGCAAUGGAGAAAUCUCUCAAGCUAAAGUAUCUAGAUAAAAUCGGAGAUUAUUAUUGCAGCUCUAUUAGAGAAACAAGUCUUAUUCAUGGUACUGAAGCUCUCCAACAACUAAAUAAAGCCACUAUAAAAGACCAAAUGGAGCAUAGAGUUGAAGAGAUCAAGAAUGUAAGUAAUGACCAGCAAGGAGAUACUGAAGAAGAAGACGAAACAGUCAAUCCUUUGUUCCAAAACACAUUUAAUCGUCAGAGAUUCGAAAAAUCUAAGAAAAAAGACAGCACUGAAGAGAAGGGUUCAUUCUUAGAUGUUCUGAGACAGAAAAUGAAGGUGACUCCAAAAACAUUCAUCACAAUCCUUUCCCUUGUAAUUGCAAUCUGGCUCUGGCGAGGAGGCUACAGAAAACUUAGGCAAUAUAGAAUUUUUAAGUUUGCUCUUCUCCAUAUUUUUGGGAUUAAGAGUAAAUAAUACGUCAUUCAAUUAAUAUGA